CAAAAUCGUGAAUAUGGAAAAUUGAUAAGGGUAAAUAUGUAAUUGCAUAAGCCCAAAAUCCUUUUUACCCUUUUAACUCGUUGUUUUACUAUCCUCUCUUAUCUCAAAAGAACCCUUUCACGCCGCAAAAAUUUUUACCACUUCCAUGGAACUGCUUACCGCCGACCGCCAGUUACGGGAGAUCGAUGGCUUCCCUCAACACGUGGACCCUUUCCCUCAGACCAACGGCUGCGAUUUGGUCUACGAUCAGCACCAACCGACGGCCGUGAUUCACCCGCUAGAGGACCAUAUAGCUUCACUCGUCGCCACAAACCCUAGUCCGCCUCAGAAGCUUCGUCCCAUCAGAUUCUCCGGACGAAUGGAGGAUCCUCCGCCUCCGUUUCCGGAUGAUUCCGCUGCACUCGCCGGAACCCUAGAUAGGCUGCCAGACCUAGGAUUCGGCGGAGGCAACGUAGUUCAGUGUUUUCACGGUCAGGUUAAACCUCUGGUUGGUGACAUGGCGGACGCUGGCGGUGGUGGGUCUGAUGCGGUUGAUUUAGAGCGGGUCGGGUCGGAAACGAGCGAGGAGAAUCGGGGCGGGUCUGUUAAUAGUUUGGGGAACAUGUCUGUGAGCAAGUUUGACAAUAGGGGUCAUCUUCAGAAAGUGAUAAAGAAACGUCAUCAGAAGCUAAAAGAGCCUGUGAAUCGGAAGAGAAAGAGAGAAACAAGGAAGAAGCUUGAGGUUUUCCUGGAACAAUUGGUGGAGAAAGUGAUGGAGAGGCAGGAGCAGAUGCAUAAACAGUUGAUAGAGACAAUGGAGCGGAGGGAGAAUGAGAGAAUAAUGAGAGAAGAAGCUUGGAGACAGAAGGAAAUCGAAAGGAUGAGAAGAGACGAGGAAGCAAGAGCACAAGAAACAGCCCGUAGCUUAGCUCUUAUUUCUUUCAUUCAAAGUACAGUAGGCCACGAAAUCGAAAUACCCCAGCAGCCAUUAUCGACAAUCUUUUGCACGGAAGAUAAUGGAAUUCAGAAAGAGAUUAAGUGUGAUCCAAGCAAUAGAAGAUGGCCAGAUGCUGAAGUACAAGCCUUGAUAAUGCUCCGAACUGCUAUGGAACAUAAAUUUCGAACCACAGGCGUCAGCAAAUGUUCUAUAUGGGAUGAGAUUUCUGCCGGAAUGACUAACAUGGGAUACACCCGGAGUGCAAAAAAGUGCAAGGAGAAAUGGGAGAACAUCAACAAGUACUUCAGAAAAUCAAUUGGAAAUGGGAAGAAACAUCAUCCUGAAAAGAGUAAAGCUUGUCCUUAUUUUCAGGAAUUAGAUAUUUUAUACAAGAAUGGCUUGUUGAGCCCUGGAAAUUCAUUGGUGAGUGGAGGUAAUGAGAGUGAGACCAAGAGGGAAAAUUGAGUGAAAAUUUCAGAAAUUGAAAACCAAGUUUAAUACUUUGUUCGUUUAUGUAUGUAUAUGAUCCAGUUGAUUGAUCUCUC